UAUGCGGUACUUUUUGUACGUGGUCAACGAUUACUCUACUUUUUAUACGCACUUACAGUUUCACGUGACAUCGAUAUGCACGGUCGAUAAAAUAGCUUCUCCUCUGUUGUUUGUAUACAAAUCAUUGUACGUCGAUUACAAAAAUGUAUUACUCCUGUUUGUAGGUAUAAUAAGAAAUGGUUUACGACUGCAUCCAGAUGGAGAACAUCUGGUAUACGCGAUGGGCAACAAUGUUACCAUAAGAAACGUAAAAACCAGCGAACAAACCUUCCUCACUGGUCACAAAAAUCUCGUUUCUGCGUUGAAUAUCUCACCUCGCGGCAAUUUAAUAGCUUCCGGCCAAGUGAGCCAUCAGGGUUUCAAGGCGAUGGUCAUAAUAUGGGAUUACGAGAAGCGCGAGAUGAAAGCUAAUUACGAAGUGCACAAAGCCAGAGUGGAGGAUGUGUGUUUCACAGAGGACGAACAAUAUUUGAUUAGUCUUGGAGGUAGAGACGACGGCUGUAUCCUGGUAUGGGACAUUCGAAACGGAAGUCCACUUUGUGGUACCUCUGCUGGCAAAGAAAGUAGCGGAAACGCGGUGACGAUCGCCCGCACGAACCUUUGUAACGCGAGUUUUGUCACCGCCGGGGAAGAAACGUUCAGGCUUUGGCGCGUCGAUCCAAAAGGUCGAAAACUCUGCGGAGUCGACGUGAAAAUCGGAAAGAUCAGGCGCACCAUUAAUUGCGCCGUCGUGGAUGAAAAAGAUGAGAACGUCUAUUGCGGAACAACGUCUGGCGAUAUCAUAAAAUCAAGGUUGAACAUGUCAGAAUCGAACGUAGAAUCCAAGUACCCGAUCAUGAUCGGAUGCUACUCUAAGAUAUCGCGUUCGACUAAAACAAAACCAUCCAACGGAGAAUUGUACGCGGGUGGCGUGACGAAUCUGCUAUUCUUACAAAAGCAAGAGAUGAUUGUAGGCACUGGAAACGGAACGGUCGAGUUAAUCGAAAUACCAGAAGAACCAGUGGCACCUGUCGGGAUCAAAACGAAGAAAUUACUAGUCGUCCCGUGUAUAAUAACGCGUCGUAAGGGAAACGUGUGCGGCCCGGUAACGUCGAUGAUCCGCUACAAACAUAAUCUUAUACUAGUGGCGACUGCUUUAUGCGAGAUCUACGAAAUGGAACUGUCGAGUUUUCAUACACGUUUGCUCGUCACUUGCCACACCAGCUCUAUAUACGAUCUCGCGUUUCCACGCGAUCGUUCGGAGAUAUUUGCAACCAGUAGUAAACACGAUAUUCGGGUGUGGAAACUGAUAACGCAAAAGGAGUUGCUUCGAAUCACGGUACCGAACUUCAUUUGCUCCAAUCUGUGUUUCGAUCGCAAUGGCGGCACCAUAAUAUCUGCCUGGAACGAUGGCGCGAUACGGGCAUUCGCUUUGAACGGUGGAAAACUCCUGUUCAUCGUUCAUCGUGCCCACACGAAGUCCGUGUCUGCAAUUGCAAUUACGAACGACGAUUGCAAGCUCGUCAGCGGUGGCUGUGACGGUCAAGUGCGAGUAUGGAAUGCAAAAUCCGAAACGCAACAACUGUUGAAAGUCUUAAAGGAACACAGAGGUCCGAUAACGUCGCUGCACGUUUCACCUGAUGAUAAAAAUGUUAUUAGCUCCAGUACAGACGGUACAUGCAUAGUAUGGGAUGUAAGGAAUUUCACGAGAAAGUAUGAGAUACAGGGAAAUACAAUGUACAUGGCGACGUGUUUCGUUCCUAGCGGUGUUCAAGUUUUGACUUGUGGUACAGACCGUAAAAUAGCUUAUUGGGAGACAUUGGAUGGAUCGUUGGUUCGAGAAGUCGAAGGUUCGACGACUGGCACGCUAAACGCUAUAAGCGUCAGUCCUGACGGACGAUAUUUUCUUACUGGAUCCGACGAUUUCAUUGUAAAGCUGUGGGAGUACCGUACCGCGAGUACCGUCAAUUUGGGCCUUGCUCACGCUGCUCCGAUUACUGGUUGCGCGUUCGCGCCAAAUGGUAAAUUUAUGAUUACAGUAAGCGCAGAUGGUGCGAUAAUGAUCUGGAAAUACCCUUUCGAAACGAGUUCACACGAUAAUGGAAUCGAGCUAUCAACGACUGUAUGCGCGUCAUGACUCCAAAACCACCACAGUAACCAAAUUUUGGAUAAUAUCGUACACUGUAA